AUGCGGGACCCGAGCGUAGCUCUGUGGCUCUUCAUCUCUCUGCGCACAGCACUCAGCGGGAUGGAGGUGCGGUGGUGCACCACCUCAGAGCCAGAGCAGCAGAAAUGCAGCGACAUGAGCAAAGCCUUCCAGGAAGCCGGCAUCCAGCCGUCCCUCCUGUGUGUCCAGGGCACUUCAGCUGACCACUGCAUCCAGUUCAUCACGGCCCGGGAGGCUGAUGCCAUCACCCUGGAUGGAGGAGCCAUUUACGAAGCAGGGAAGGAGCAUGGCCUGAAGCCCGUGGUGGGCGAAGUAUAUGAUCAAGAGGUUGGUACCUCCUAUUACGCAGUAGCUGUGGUCAAGAGGAGCUCCCACGUGACCAUCAACACCCUGAAAGGCGUGAAGUCCUGUCACACGGGCAUCAACAGGACGGUGGGCUGGAAUGUGCCCAUGGGCUACCUCGUGGAAAGCGGCCGCCUCUCCGUGAUGGGCUGCGACCUGCUCAAAGCUGUCAGCGACUAUUUUGGGGGCAGCUGUGUCCCUGGGGCAGGAGAGACCAGCUACUCGGAGUCCCUCUGUCGCCUGUGCAGGGGCAACACUGCUGGGGAGGGGGUGUGUGCCAAGAGCCCCCUGGAGAGAUACUAUGACUACAGCGGAGCCUUCCGGUGCCUGGCGGACGGGGUGGGGGACGUGGCUUUUGUCAAGCACAGCACGGUGCUGGCGAACACUGAUGGGAAAACUCUUCCCUCCUGGGGCCAGGCGCUACUGUCACAAGACUUCCAGCUGCUUUGCCUGGAUGGCAGCCGGGCUGAUGUCACCGAGUGGAGGCGAUGCCACCUGGCCCGGGUGCCUGCUCAUGCGGUGAUGGUCCGGCCCGACACAGAUGGGGGCCUCGUGUUCCAGAUGCUAAAUGAAGGCCAGCGUCUAUUCAGCCACGAGGGCAGCAGAUUCCAGAUGUUCAGCUCUCAGGCCUAUGGCCAGAAGGACCUGCUCUUCAAAGAUGCCACCUCCGAGCUGGUGCCCAUUGCCACACAGAGCUAUGAGUCCUGGCUGGGCCGCGAGUACUUGCAAGCCAUGAAGGGUCUCCUCUGUGACCCCAACCGGCUGCCCCGCUACCUACGGUGGUGUGUGCUGUCCACUCCUGAGAUCCAAAAGUGUGGAGACAUGGCUGUGGCCUUCAGCCGGCAGAAGCUCAAGCCGGAGAUCCAGUGUGUGUCGGCCGAUUCUCCCCAGCACUGCAUGGAAUGGAUCCAGGCUGGGAAAAUCGAUGCUGUAACCUUGAAGGGCGAGGACAUCUACACGGCAGGAAAGAAAUACGGCUUGAUUCCAGCAGCUGGGGAGCGCUAUGCCCCGGAGGACAGUAGCAACUCCUACUUCGUGGUGGCUGUGGUGAAACGGAACAGCUCCUACGCCUUUACCCUGGACGAGCUCCGGGGCAAGCGUUCCUGCCACUCAGGGUUCCGCAGCCCCGCGGGCUGGGACAUCCCCGUGGGCAUCCUGGUGCAGAGGGGCUUCAUCCGGCCCAAGGACUGUGAUGUCCUCACAGCCGUGAGCGAGUUCUUCAGCGCCAGCUGCGUGCCCGUGAACAACCCCAAGAGCUACCCAUCCUCACUGUGUGCGCUCUGCGUGGGGGAUGAGCAGGACCGAAACAAGUGUGUGGGCAACAGCCAGGAGCGGUACUACGGCUACAGCGGCGCCUUCAGGUGCCUGGCUGAGAACGCGGGGGAGGUCGCCUUCGUCAAGCACACGACCGUCUUUGACAACACAAACGGCCACAAUUCUGAGCCCUGGGCUGCUGAGCUCCGGUCAGAGGACUAUGAGCUGCUGUGUCCCAAUGGGGCCCGGGCCGAGGUGUCACAGUUCGCAGCCUGCAAUCUGGCACAGAUACCGUCCCAUGCCGUCAUGGUCCGGCGGGACACCAACAUCUUCACAGUGUAUGGACUGCUGGACAAGGCCCAGGACCUGUUUGGAGAUGACCACAAUAAGAAUGGGUUCAAAAUGUUUGACUCGUCCAACUAUCAUGGCCAAGACCUCCUUUUCAAGGAUGCCACGAUCCGGGCGGUGCCUGUAGGGGAGAAAACCACGUACCGAGACUGGCUGGGCCCGGACUACGUGACGGCUCUAGAAGGGAUGCUUUCUCAGCAGUGCUCGGGCGCAGCCCCGGCGCCCAGCCUGCCCCAGCUGCUGCUCCUGCCGCUCCUCACAGCUGGCCUCCAGGCCGCCCUCUGAGGCAGCCCCAGGUGAACCUGGCCUCCCUCGGAAUGGAAACCUACUCAGAAAUCUCCAUAAAUAGGCACUUCUCCACGGUGAAGCGGGUUAGCACUGCUCAGAGAGACAGGAAGUGUGAAAAACCACGGAGCUCCUCAGAGCUGCGAUUCUGACACCAAAGAGAAGGUUCCGUGAUUGCUUCAAGCCGGAAUAAAGAUGAAUGUUAAAGGAAAGCCCCCCACCCACCCACCACCUCGAGUUGAGUUGGAUUCGAGCAGGGCUCCUGCGUGAACCCAGCCUCUGCCUCCCAGGCACCACCUGUCCCUCUGCCACCUGAGGCGGGGAGCUGGCGGCCUCCCAGUCACGCCCCACCCACGGCUGGCAGGCUGCCUCCCUGCAGAUCUGCAGGCUCCCACCACCGGAGGAGCCUCACCAGGCUCCGAUUGGAAAAGGCCAGUUACCAAGGAAACAGGCUGAGCCCCGGCCUCCCCCCCCCCCCAGGCCCUCUCCCCUGGAGCCUGCCCUGCUGAGCUCCCCAGGGACCCCUCCCCUGCCAGUUCUUUCUUCCCCUCUGAGGAAUGCACCUGUCACCUCCUGUCAGCCCCUCUCCAUCUGAGCUCUAGACUCCCUCUCCCGGCCUCCCUCCUUAGGACACCGUGUCUGUCCAGGGAGGCAUCCACACCAGAUGAGGCAACAGUCAGGUCUGCCAAGGAAAUGAAACCGCUGGACACAGACAGCCUUUGUCCUUGCCUUCUGUGGCUUGGCUUGGCCCAGACCACCCGACGCACCUGAUUGUGCUGGGCCAGGGCAGACCAAUGGGGUGAAACCCUCAAGGGGGUCCUCAGAUAAAGGAAAUGCUCCUCAGUAAGCAUCCCCCUUCCUGAGUUUCCGUCUCAGAUUAUCCCCUCCAUGUGAAACCCACUUCUCCUCAGAUGCCCCAGAUGCCCCUGCACAUCUAGCAGCAGCAGUUGCCUCCAGAUGGAAGGACUCAGCCUCGAGGACCUGCCCAGAGAGCCCCAGGCCUCCAAGGCAGCACAAGCCCUCUGAAGGGCGGGGAAUGGAGAGAUGCCACUCUUUCUC